ACUAACACCUGGUCUCUCUCUACGACAACUUCAGAAAUUUGCUGUCUUUCUCUCUGUGACAAGAGAAAGAAAAGCAACGCUGUGAUUUAAAGGAAAUACUUAGAAAGAUUGCUUUUGAUUUUUUUUUUAAUUUUCUUUUUAAAGAAGUUAUAGGAGAGAAAUAGAAAAACCUGACCUUUUCGCCUUCCCAACUUCCCAGGCAAAUUUGAAGUUUCUGACCACCUCUCUGCCUCGGGACGUUCUGUCUCCGGCGGGGGAGCUUCGAGUUAUGGGAAACAUCAGAAGUCCAUUCAAGGGGAUAAUCAAAGACAUCAAGGGAAGAAGUGCGUGCUACAAGCAAGAUUGGGUCAGUGGACUUUGCUCAGGCUUUCGGAUAUUAGCUCCGACUGCCUAUAUCUUCUUUGCUUCUGCUCUUCCUGUUAUUGCCUUUGGAGAGCAAUUGAGUCGAGAUACAGAUGGUGCCCUCAGUGCAGUGGAAACAUUGGCUUCCACAGCUAUUUGUGGAAUCAUUCACUCCAUUUUAGGUGGGCAGCCUUUAUUGAUAGUAGGUGUUGCAGAGCCAACAGUUAUAAUGUACACUUAUUUGUACAAUUUCAGCAAAAAAAGGCCAGAGUUGGGCCAGGAACUAUUUUUGGCGUGGACUGCAUGGGUCUGUGUAUGGACAGCUCUGCUGCUCAUUCUUCUUGCUAUAUUCAAUGCAUGCACCAUAAUCACCAGAUUUACAAGAAUUGCAGGAGAGCUUUUUGGCAUGUUGAUAACUAUUCUUUUCCUUCAAGAGGCUAUUAAGGGAGUGGUCAGUGAAUUCGGUAUUCCCAAAGGUGAAGAUCCUAAGUUGGAGAAAUAUCAGUUCCCCUGGCUAUAUACAAAUGGGUUGCUGGCAGUCAUUUUCUCAUUUGGGCUUCUAUUCACUGCCUUAAAGACCCGAAAGGCAAGAUCAUGGCGUUACGGAACAGGUUGGCUUCGAGGUUUUCUUGCAGACUAUGGGGUUCCCCUUAUGGUCUUGUGUUGGACAGCAUUGUCUUACACGAUACCUGGCAAAGUUGAAUCUGGAGUUCCCAGGAGGCUGUUCUGUCCACUUCUAUGGGAACCUGAAUCAUUACAUCAUUGGACAGUGAUAAAGGAUAUGGGAAAGAUUCCAAUAGCAUACAUCUUUGCUGCCUUUAUACCAGCACUGAUGAUAGCAGGUCUAUACUUCUUCGAUCACAGUGUCGCUUCACAGAUGGCCCAACAAAAGGAGUUUAACCUUAAAAAUCCCUCUGCUUACCAUUAUGAUAUCUUGUUGCUAGGACUUAUGACUUUGAUUUGUGGUUUGCUGGGACUCCCUCCUUCAAAUGGGGUCCUUCCACAAUCUCCCAUGCACACUAAGAGCCUUGCUGUUCUCAAGAGGCAGCUGAUUCGGAAAAAAAUGGUAAAAAGUGCCAAGGAGGGCAUGUUGCAACAAGCAAGCAACUCAGAGAUCUAUGGAAGGAUGCAAGCUGUGUUCAUAGAAAUGGAUGCAUCUCCUGCUACCACUUCAGUAGAUAAAGAGUUGAAGAACUUGAAAGAGGCUGUAAUGAAAGGUGACGGUGGGGAGGAUGCAAAAGAAAACUUUGAUCCUGAGAAACAUAUUGAUGCUUAUUUGCCCGUUAGAGUUAAUGAACAAAGAAUGAGCAACCUGUUGCAGUCAUUCCUGGUGGGACUUUCCAUGUGUCUUCUGCCUGUACUAAAAAAGAUACCCACCUCCGUACUGUGGGGAUACUUUGCCUACAUGGCCAUUGACAGCCUCCCAGGGAACCAGUUCUGGGAAAGGGUGUUGCUACUCUUCAUCACCCCUAGCAGACGUUACAAAGUCCUCGAAGGUGUUCACGCAUCAUUUGUGGAGACUGUACCUUUCAAGGCCAUUUUGAUGUUUACACUCUUCCAAUUUGUUUAUCUUCUGGUAUGUUUCGGGAUGACAUGGAUACCUAUAGCUGGAAUACUGUUUCCACUGCCGUUCUUCCUCCUCAUCAGCAUCAGACAGCACAUCCUUCCAAAGCUUUUCCAUCAUGAACAUCUUCGGGAACUUGAUGCUGCUGAGUAUGAAGAAAUUGCUGGUACACCACGAAGAAACUUAAGUAUAACACUCAAGGAAAGGCAACCACCUGAUUCUCUCAGUGAAGGGACUGAAGACUUUUAUGAUGCUGAGUUAUUGGAUGAAAUGACAACGAACAGAGGAGAGUUGAAGCUUAGAACCGUAAGCUUUAAGGAAGAAAGAUUAUAUCAGGUUCAUCCACAAGAAAAUGCAGAAAUCAUCAAGAGCAACAGUAAUAUUUAGCGUACCAUGAGCCUGCUAUGAUAAGGAUUACUAAUUCGUAAUCGUAAUCCUCUGCCUGAUUGAAGAAAGAAUCAUUAUCAUAAGGGAAGAAUGUCCAAGAAUGUUGCCUUUUGUAUAGCCGGUUAAUUACCAAAAAAAGCUGAAACAGAGGAAAAAAAAAAUUCAACACUUACGCAUGAAGAAAUGGAGGAAAGGAAGCAUUGAACAGUCAUUUCCCCCUUUCUUUCUUUGUUUUUCUAUUGGUUAAUCCUUAAAAAUUAGGCAUAUCUGCUAGAAUAUUAACAGUGAGGAUUUAGGUCCUAUAGCCCUUCAAUCAUUGCUUUUUUUUUUUUCUUUUCUUCUUUUUGGCCAAGGGAGAAGUGACUGAGGUGGGGGAAAGGAGACGAGGGUCAUGGUCAUUUCAUUGCUAAGUAGAUGAGAGGAUACAGUACUUUUCAUGUUAAAAUUUGUGAAUCAUGAAUAUAGAUUUACUUGUUGAUCUCUA